AUGAAUUUUUUUGGAGUAGUUAAUAAUACGAGGACUAUAAUAGUAGCGACUCUUCUCUCUCUCUCUCUGUCUUGGCAAUUCGCAAUCGCAUCAUCAAAAAGGAACCACAUGCGAUUUUUUCACACUUCCUCUGUAAAACCCUAAUCUCAUUUCCCUGUUCCUCUUUCUCUCUCUAAAAACCUCGCUUUCUCUCUCAACACAUCAAAUCUCGAUCCCUCCCUCUCCGAUUCAUUGCCCCAAAUCCCUAAUCCGCUAUCAAUUCGGGUCUGUCAAGGCUGGCGGCCAUUCGGGUCAAGUAAAUGGCGGAUCCGCCAGGUGUCCGCCCUCUUAGCAGCUUCAAACGCGGUGCUCCGGGAGCCGACGGAGUCGUUUGUUCUCGUGUUCGAUUGGUUUCGGGGUCCUUGAUAGGGUUACAGUGCCGUGACGAUUGCCAAGAGUAAAGCAUGCUGAGCGUGCUGCGUGUGCACCUUCCCUCUGACAUUCCUAUUGUUGGCUGUGAGCUCACGCCUUACGUGCUCCUCCGCCGGCCUGACAAGACUGUUACCACCGAUGAUGCUCUCGAAACUGCCCCUCUAGACGGCCAUUUCUUGCGCUACAAGUGGUAUCGUGUACAAAGUGAUAAAAAGGUUGCGGUUUGUAGUGUACAUCCAUCCGAGCAGGCCACACUGCAGUGCCUAGGUUGUGUUAAGGCUAAAAUACCUGUUUCCAAAAGUUACCAUUGCACUCCAAAGUGUUUUUCAGAUGCAUGGCAGCAUCAUCGUGUUUUGCAUGACCGUGCUGCUAGUGCAGUUAAUGAAAAUGGAAAUGAGGAAGAGGAAGUAUUUGGGCGAUUUAAUAAUGCUGGGUCUGGGUCAAUAAAUACCAGCUUAUCUGCCUCUGCAUCAAGUGGUAGCUUGACAAAUGGGUCAGCACCUCUGUAUCCAGCAGCUGUUACACAACGAAGUGGUGGUGAAACUUGGUUUGAAGUUGGACGGUCUAAGACAUAUACCCCAACAGCUGAUGACAUCGGUCAUGUCCUUAAAUUUGAGUGUGUUGUAGUUGAUGCAGAGACAAAACUUCCUGUGGGACAUGCAAACACUAUACUAACUUCUCGUGUUAUUCCUGCUCCCUCUCCUAGUCCACGCCGACUGAUACCUGUUGACGGGAUGGGGAAUGUAGAUGCAGAUGGGCGUGUAUCAUCUUCGGGAACUUUUACUGUUUUGUCAUACAAUAUAUUGUCUGAUUCAUAUGCUUCAAGUGAUCUAUACAAUUACUGCCCUUCAUGGGCUCUUUCUUGGCCAUAUCGGAGGCAAAAUUUGUUGCGCGAAAUAGUUGGUUACCGUGCUGAUAUCAUUUGUCUUCAGGAGGUUCAAAAUGACCACUAUGAAGAGUUUUUCGCUCCUGAGCUGGACAAACAUGGCUAUAAUGGUCUUUACAAAAGAAAAACAAAUGAGGUUUUCAAUGGCAAUAUUAAUACAAUUGAUGGUUGUGCUACAUUUUUCCGAAGAGACAGAUUUUCACAUGUGAAGAAAUAUGAGGUUGAAUUUAAUAAGGCUGCACAGUCUUUAACAGAUGCCAUGAUUCCAACCACUCAGAAGAAAUCUGCUUUGAAUCGACUGGUUAAGGAUAAUGUUGCGCUAAUAGUGGUUUUAGAAGCAAAAGUUAAUAACCAGCCUGUUGAUAAUCCAGGAAAAAGACAGCUUCUUUGUGUGGCGAAUACACAUGUAAAUGUCCACCAAGAUUUAAAGGAUGUCAAACUCUGGCAGGUGCACACUCUCCUGAAAGGAUUGGAGAAAAUUGCUGCAAGUGCAGAUAUUCCAAUGUUAGUUUGUGGGGACUUCAAUUCAAAUCCGGGAAGUGCUCCUCAUGCACUUCUUGCUAUGGGUAAGGUUGAUCCAUCACAUCCUGAUUUAGCGAUUGACCCACUUAGCAUAUUGCGUCCUCACAGCAAGUUAGUUCACCAGUUGCCUCUGGUCAGUGCUUAUUCUUCAUUUGCAAGGACAAUUGGUCUUGGAUAUGAGCAGCAUAAGCGAAGACUUGAUAGUGCAACAAAUGAACCUUUAUUCACAAAUGUCACAAGGGAUUUUAUUGGCGCUCUUGACUACAUAUUUUACACAGCUGAUUCAUUGGUUGUGGAGUCAUUAUUGGAGCUAUUGGAUGAGGAGAGUUUGAGGAAAGACACAGCACUCCCUUCUCCUGAAUGGUCAUCAGAUCAUAUAGCUCUCUUAGCAGAGUUUCGCUGCUGCAAGAAUAGAUCUAGGCGUUGACUCAUAAGGUCAGGUCCAGAGACCAUGUAAACAAGAUUGAAAGAAGCAUUCAGUCGAUAAGUUAUUGUAAAAGUGGUAGAUCAUGCCUUUGUCUUUUUCCUUGGUAUCUCCAUGUGGGGGGGUCCUUGCAAUGAUCUGCUUUGUAUUAUGCCACCUGUUUCAUAGAAAAGUUAUGAUGAUGCCUCACUGAUUUACCCACCUCGUUCCCAAUCUUUUUACUUAUAAAUUAAAAUCUUUCUUAUA